AAUUAAUAAUCUCCCUUCUUCGUCACAAACUAUUCUCAAAUAUUCCUCAAGCCUUAAUCUCUCCUUUCCAAUGGCAGCCAACCAAACAUCUCUCAAUGAUACCAAAAUCGCUCUCCCGACCGACAUCAACGAGCUACGACCAUCAAGCGUUGAAAUCGAAGCCAAAGAUGACCACUUCGACUACUCCAAGCGAGCGCAAUGGCUACGCGCAGCAGUUCUUGGUGCCAAUGAUGGAUUAGUCUCCACAGCAUCACUGAUGAUGGGUGUUGGAGCUGUGAAACAAGACCUUAAGUUCAUGAUACUGACCGGGUUCGCGGGUUUGGUCGCGGGGGCUUGUAGCAUGGCUAUAGGUGAGUUUGUGUCUGUUUACUCACAAUUGGACAUAGAGUUAGCUCAAAUGAAGAGAGACAAGGAAAGAGGAGAUGGUAGUAUUGUUUGUGAAGAAGAUGGAGAGAAGGAGAACUUGCCAAAUCCAUUACAAGCGGCCAUGGCGUCGGCUCUGGCGUUUUCGGUGGGUGCCAUGGUGCCAUUGCUAGCUGCAUCUUUCAUAAGAGAGUACAAGGUGAGACUUGGAGUGGUGGUUGGAGCAGUGACCUUGGCUUUACUUGUGUUUGGUUGGUUAGGGGCUUUGUUGGGGAAGGCUCCGUUGGUCAGGUCGGGGUUUCGAGUUUUGGUCGGUGGGUGGCUCGCUAUGGCUAUAACGUUUGGACUGACCAAGUUGAUUGGUUCAAGUGGGCUGUAAAUCUAGCUCCCAUGUAUUUUCAUCUUUGUUAAGUUGUGUGGUGGGGUGUAACUAAUGUUAUUGUUCGUCCUGUUUGGGGUUAUUGUUCAAAUUCCACUCUCAAU